AUGUCAUGGUAUAUUGAGGAGCAAGAACCUGUUUACCUCGACUAUAACGCUACCACUCCGCUUGAUCCGAAAGUGAAGACAGCGAUCACCGAUGGACUGGAGCUAUGGGCCAAUCCAUCCAGCCAAAAUCCCGAAGCUGAGAAAGCGAGAGAAGCUGUGAAGAAGGCAAGACAAUCACUCGGUGAACUUCUUCACGUGUCCGAUGCCGAAGUUAUCUUCACUUCUGGAGGCACUGAGGCGAACAACUGGGUGAUCUAUUCGGCUAUUCAGAGCUUCAAAUCCAUUCCGGAACAUUCCUCAACCAUUCCCCACGUGAUCACUUCUACAAUCGAACAUCCGUCUAUGAUGGAACCUCUCUGUCACCUUCGAGACACAAGUUCUAUUGAACUGAGCCUUCUACCUGUGGAUCCAUCCACUGGACAAGUUAACCCAGCAGAGGUCGAGAAACUAGUUUCACCGUCAACUUGCCUAGUUACGGUCAUGCUGGCCAAUAAUGAAACGGGAGUGCUGCAGCCUAUUGCUGAAAUUAGUGAUGCUGUGCGACGGGCCUCCAAGAAACAUGGAUCGAAUGCUUUUCUUCACUCCGAUGUCUCUCAAGCUGUGGGUAAGAUUGAUGUGAACAUUGGGGCGCUCAAAGUGGACGCCGUCUCCGUCACCGGUCACAAGUUCUAUGGGCCCAGGAUCGGAGCUCUAGUCAUGCGAUCAAAGUACACUACCCAGCUGGUACCAAUAUGCAAAACCUUCUAUGCAAGCACUGGAGCCGCAUGCCAUUCCGGUAGCGUCAGUCCUGUUCUACUGGCAUGUGGCAUUCCGAAAGAACUAGCCGAACGAACAAUACGUUUCAGUUUUGGAAGAGAAACCACCAAGGAAGAUGUCGAUCGCGUGGUCAAGGAGUUGAAGGCCGUUCUCUUUCUAGCGAAGUAUGGCAGUUCGCUAAUGAAUGUGAUAAAUGCAGGGCCUGUACCUGGAUUUUAA